AUGAGACCUACUCAGGUUCGUCUGGGCGGCGGCGCCCCUCAACCCAAGACUGGCCACUGGCUCGGUGACUGGGGCUCCUUUGGUGGUGCCAAGCAGAAGGGCAUUGUCGACUACGGCCUGUCUGCCAACCGUCAGAACCCCUUUGCCGGUGCUGCCCACGAUGCCAUCUUCAACACCUUCCGCCGUACCAAGUCCCAGAUCUUCUACUGGCUCCCUCCCAUGCUUGCCGGCUACUACCUGCUGAGCUGGGCCACCGAGCGAAACCACUACCUCAACUCCAAGGCUGGCCGUGCUGAGUUUGCCGACUCGGAGUAA